AUGACGGAUUUUGCUGUACAGAAACAACAAGAUAUGCCUUGUGAUCAAAGUCCAAAGCAAUCAAAUAGGAAUCAUGGUGAAGAUGAAAGAAGGGGAAAGAAAAUACGGAGAGAAGAGGAGAAGGCAGAAGAGAAACUGGAAGAGGAACAAGAAAAGGAGGAAAAAGAGGAAAAUGAGGUUCAAAAUUCCCAGAAAAAAUUAGUCAGCAAACCUCUCAUGGACACUCUCUGGGCAACAUUUAAGUUAAACAACUGCCCCACAAUAGGAAAUAGUCUGUCACUUGCAUUUGAAUUUGGCAUGACAGGAAAACAGAUAACACAAUGGUUUUAUAACAAGAGGAAGAAAUACCAUAAAGAAAUGAGCAAGCGUAAAUACAAGAAAAGAUGUAAGAGGAUUCUGGAACGGAAAAAGCGCUGUGAUCCCUCCUGCCGGGCGGAAGCGGCAGCAAGGCGGAACCCAGCGGCGGGCGCCCCUGCUCGCGGCCGGAGCCGGAAGGGGCGCGGCACCCCGGCGCGGACGCGGGGCCUGGAGCCAGCCGGCAGUGCUGAGCCCUCCCGGCGCAGCCCGGGUCUGGCGGCGGCUCUUAGGGACGGGGACGGCUGCCGCUCGUGGGCCCCGCCUUAG